UAUAAUAAUAGAAUUUUGAACGGAGUCUGGCGUGACGUUUCCUCCGCCCCGCACAGACCGAGCAGGAAUCUCCUUGGAAACGUACAGAACUGGGACAUUUCCACCGGGCAGAUGUUCUCCAGCAGGAUGACUGGGAACCAGUCCGGACUGCUGCUGGGACAGCUGGAGGAUCUGCAGGAGCUGGCCUUCAUCGAGAGGCCGAUCCGCAGGAGUCUGAAGACAGCAGAGGAGAUCGAUCAGCUGACUGUGGAUGAAGACCUGAAUGACAUCGAGAGAGCCGUCUACCUGCUCAGUGUGGGUCAGGAGGUGCAGAGAGCGAGUGUCAUCAGUAACCUGCCGAGUCUUGUCCGUCAGAAUCCGGCUGAGACGUUCCGUCGGGUCGUACCAAAGGUCCGGGAGGUCUUGAACGGAGCAGGAGCUGAGAUCCAGCUGGCAGCCGCCACUUCAUUCUUAACCAUCCUACAAGACGACAUCAUCCUGAUCCACACACACACUUACUCCAUCCUGAAGACCGUCCUGCUCCACCUGAACCACCGAGACACAGUGGUGAGCAACGCCUGGCUAGAGACUCUGCUGUCAGCCAUCAACGCCCUACCAAAGGAGACCAUCAAACAGGAGGUGCUGAACCCUCUCCUCUAUCAGUCUCAGCUGUCUCACUCUCUUCAGGCUCGUCUGGCCAGCUGUCGCAUUUUGGGGAAAGUUGCCUGCAAGUUUGAUUCCCACAUAGUGAAGAAGGAGCUGCUGCCAUUGGCUCGUUCUUUAUGUCAGGAUGUGGAGUUUGAGGUCCGAGUUGGUAUGUGUCGUCAGCUGGAGAACAUCGCCAGGGCGACCGGGGUGGAUGACACCAGGACGGAGCUCCUCCCCGAACUGGUGGAUCUCGCCGGAGACGAGGAGAGCAGUGUCCGCCUGGCUGCCUUCAACACUAUCAUCAACCUGAUGGAGGUGAUUGAUAGCGAUGACAGACUCCAUGUUGUUGUUCCCCUGGUGAUGUCAGUGUGCGAGGCGUCGUCACAGGCAGACGAAGCUGUCGUGGCAUCAUUGUCAUUCCAGUUUGGGAAACUCUGCAGCGGACUGGCAGGCUGCCUGUCAGACGAGCAGAGGAGCCGGUUGCUGCAGAGGUUUAAGCUGCUGUGUGUCGCUGGUCUGCAGGCUGAAGGAAAUCAGACUGACGGCAACAACGAGUCGACACUGAUCCGCUGCAACUGCUGCUACAACCUGCCGGCCAUGGUGGUGUUUGCUGACCCGUCUCACUUUCUGUCUGAGUUGUACCCGUCUCUCUGCAGUCUGUGUUGUGACCCAGAGGUCAGCGUUCGGCGAAGUGCUGCAGCCAGUUUCCACCAGGUGGUGAAGCUGCUUGGUUCAAACGUCCAGUUGGUCCACAAAGAGCUUCUGGCUCUGCUGCAGGACGAUGCUCUGGAGGUGUUGGAUGCUCUGAUGAAUCACCUGGAGGAAACUCUGGAGGCGGUUCUGUCCAGAGGAGAGAACCUGACGCUGGACAACAAGUUCCCAGAGUUGCUGUCGGCUCUGCUGUUGGCGGAGCAGAAAGUUGGAUGUUCUCUGCGUUGGCGGCUGCAUGAGAAGCUGCUGCAACGUUACAGCUGCCUGGCCAGACUGCUGCCUGGAGAGCUGCUACACCAAAGCUUCUCCCCUCGCAUCUUUGUCAUCCUCACCACCAACAAGGUGUUGCCGGUGCAGAAGGAAGCAGCUCGAACAUUCUGCACAUUCCUCCGCUACAACCGCAAACAGGAGCAGCGUCAGGAGAUGAUGGAGCGGCUGAUCCAAGAUCUGGCUCAGGGGCGGAGCUACUGGAACCGGCUGAGGUUCCUGGAUGUCUGUGAAAUGGCCACCGAGAUUUUCUCCCGGAAAUACUUCAACAAACACUUCCUGAUUCCGGCACUGGAGCUGGUCCAUGACCCCGUCGCCAACGUCAGGUACAAGCUGUGCCAGUUGUUGCCCCGGUUGCGUUCGUCGCUCCGCCUGCCAGCUGACAAACAGCUGCUGCAGCAGCUCGACUUCUGUGUCCAGAAGCUGCUCUGCAGAGAGAAAGACAAGGAUGUGGUGGCCACCAUCCGCCAGACAGUGUUGGAACUGGACAAACUGGACCUCACAGAGCCAUUUCACAAACGACAGGAGAAGGAUUUACUGGACCAGAAGAAAGAGAAGGAAGAGACUCUGCUGCUGGAGAUGGAACAGCUGGAGCGCCAGCAGAGCGACGGCAAACUCAACUCUGAGAAACACACCGAGAGAAAACGAAGAGACAGUAAGACCAGUCUGUCUGCAACCAAGUCUAUGUCUGUGUCUUCGUCUGGAGCUGCCGGGUCCUCUGGUAAAGAGAUGAGGAGGGCUAAACUGUCUCGGAGUCGAUCCCUCAGCAGUCAGCCAACGACUUCCAAACCUGCCAAUUCGGACAGACCUCUGAAAGUUAAAGAGCUGAGUGGUGGUUCUGGACCUGGGAAGUCCUCCAUGUUAACCAGCAAAGAUGAUUCCUUGAGGACAGCCCACUUCACCAUGGCAACACUGUCCCAGACCCAGUCCACCUCUUCCAUGCCGGUCCUGAUCCGCAGCAACACCACCAGCCUCCUGGACAGGACCAGUACACUGGACCACAGGACCAUUACCUUGGACCAGAGAGACCACAGGACCAGUACCAUGGACCAGAGAGACCACAGGACCAUAACCUUGGACCAGAGAGACCACAGAACCAGUACCUUGGACCAAAGAGACCACAGAACCAGUACCCUGGACCAGAGAGAAAACAGGACCAGUACCUUGGACCAACGCAGUAAAUCAAUAGACCAGCGCAGCAGCGGGGUGAAGGACAGCCAGUCUAGGAAGCUGUCAAUAAACAGGAAGUCAAACUCUUUCAGCGUGCAAUCAGGAAGAGAGUGACAGCGAUGACAUCAUCAUACCUCCACUAGACCAUCAGCCAAUCAGCAGCCAGGGACUGGUUUCCAUUCAGGACAUUACCCACAAUGCAACAGGACGUCCAUCUCUGCCUUACUGAGCACUGUGUCUUCUGAUGAUCUCAUUCUGUCACCUGAUUGGUUCAGUAAACUCCACAUACAAAC